GCAUACUGGAGAUAGAGCUUAGCCCCGCGACAUUUCCAUCCACGUCAUUCAUGAAGAAGGUAUAAGUAGGAAGAGCUGCCUGCCAGUGUCUGAGGAAUAGUUCAAAAUCAUCCUCUUCCUCUAUCAAACAAGCAAUUGAGAAAAUCUUUUUCCCCCCCCAAAAUGUCUUUCUUCGACCCUGCUCCCAAGCCAAAGAGCUUGCUCGGCUACCACAGAGUCCUCGCACCUACUGCAGGUAUCAAAUGUUCUCCUCUAUGUCUUGGAGCCAUGAACUUUGGCGCUGGAUGGAAGGACAUUAUGGGAGAGUGUGACAAGGACACCAGUUUCGCUGUCCUCGACGCCUUCUUUGACCUCGGCGGUAACUUUGUCGACACGGCCAACGCGUAUCAAUGCGAAGAGUCUGAAGAGUGGAUUGGCGAGUGGAUGGAGAAGAAGAAGAAUCGUGAUCAGAUGGUCAUUGCGACCAAAUACACCACUGGGUACCGCAGUCACGCCCGUGAUGCCGAACCCCUUCAGUCAAACUUUGUCGGCAACUCCUUCAAGAGCAUGCACAUCUCUGUCAACCGCUCGUUGAAGAAGUUGCGUACCGACUACAUCGAUCUCCUCUACGUGCACUGGUGGGAUUUCACCACCAGUGUCGAGGAAGUAAUGCAUGGCCUAAACGCCCUCAUCACAGCCGGAAAGGUCCUCUAUCUCGGUGUAUCCGAUACCCCAGCUUGGGUAGUCGUAAAAGCAAACGACUACGCUCGCGCCCACGGUCUUCGCCCUUUCUCAGUCUACCAAGGAAAAUGGAAUGCCUCCUACCGCGACAUGGAGAGAGAAAUUAUCCCCAUGUGUGUAGAUCAAGGCAUGGCUCUUGCACCCUGGGGUCCUUUAGGUCAAGGCAAAUUCAAGACCAAGGAAGCUCGCAGUAAAGAGCAUGAAGGCUCUGCUCGUGCAUCUCAGUCUAGCGAGACUGAACAUGCCAUUUCGGAUGCUCUGGAGAAGGUGGCGGACAAGUACAAGGCUACUAUGCAUGGUGUUGCUCUGGCAUAUGUCAUGCACAAGACUCCCAAUGUCUUCCCCAUCGUCGGCCAGCGUAAAGUCGAGCAUCUCAAGGCUAAUGUGGAGGCUUUGAGUAUCAGACUUACUCAAGAGGAUAUCAAGGAGAUCGAAGGAGCCGCUCCCUUUGAUCCAGGAUUCCCGCAUACCUUUUUGUUCAACGACAAGUGGGACGUUACGAACAAUACUGCGGCAGAUGUCAGACUUACUGGUCUUGCGGCGAGGAUUGACGCUCCCCCUUCGCAGAAGCCUAUCCAACCUCGCUCUGAGGUGUAGGAGAGCUAGAUAGAAUCAUACAGUUUCAAUCAUAAAAAUAUCAGUCUCCCUUCUGCCAUUCCACAACGCGAUCAAAUAUAGCACCAUAUAUUUCUCACUGAGAGUAUCCAUACAGAGGAGCUUAGUACAUGUUGUUUUCUCGUUCAUAGAUCGCCACAGCCAUGAAUGCUUGUGAUCAGCAGACUGUCGGCAGGCACAACGAUAUUCCACAUCAUAAAGUCGUUCCUGGAGAAAACAACCAUCUUAUAAGAUCUUGGCAGCUCAUAUCUGCAAUCAAAAACAACAC